CUGUCCUUCGGGAACAGACUGCCAAUCCAAGCUCUCGUAUACAAUCAGUUUUUGGCUGGUCUACAGCUCGAGUAUCAUCUACUCACGUCGCAAUGGAUUCUCUCACGACCCAUCCCUCCACCGCGCAGCAGGCCCGGGCCUUCACUUCUCCUGCCUCUCUGUCCUUUCCCGGUGGUGCCGGUGACUUGACGCCGCCUUCCGAUAAAGACGGAAACAUGGCGAUGAACCUUCAGGGUGCAAACGGACAUGUGAACGGUCAGCAGCAGGGAGGAAAUGCCACCAACGGCAACGGGGUGACACCCGCUACUCCUGUUGCGACUCCGGGUGCCAACACUCCGGGGAGUGGCAUUGUGCCUACGUUGCAAAACAUUGUCGCUACUGUAAAUCUUGACUGUCGCCUUGACUUGAAGACUAUUGCGCUCCAUGCAAGAAAUGCGGAGUACAAUCCAAAGCGUUUCGCGGCCGUGAUCAUGCGUAUUCGUGAGCCGAAGACCACCGCUUUGAUCUUCGCCUCGGGCAAGAUGGUUGUCACUGGUGCCAAGUCGGAGGAUGACUCGAAGUUGGCAUCCAGGAAGUACGCGCGUAUCAUCCAAAAGCUCGGAUUCAAUGCCAAGUUCACGGAUUUUAAGAUCCAGAACAUCGUUGGCUCCUGUGACAUCAAGUUCCCCAUUCGCCUGGAAGGUUUGGCUAGUCGCCAUCAUAACUUCAGUUCUUAUGAACCUGAGUUGUUCCCUGGUCUCAUCUACCGUAUGAUGAAGCCGAAGAUCGUGCUUUUGAUCUUUGUCAGUGGCAAGAUUGUCUUGACCGGCGCCAAGGUCCGUGAAGAGAUCUACCAGGCAUUCGAGUUGAUCUACCCUGUGCUUUCUGAUUUCCGCAAAGUCUAGAAAGACUGAUGUCGGUGCUCGCUUGCAUCGGGUGAUCACCCUUCAAGCCUUCACCUUUUCGCACCCAUGUAUUAACAUUUGCUCUUUUUCUUGUC